UAGCCAUAGCCGCCUGUCACUAAGUUCACAUCGCUCCUUGUCAUUAUUAUCAACAAAGUUUUGAAAAAAUAAAAUUCAAAAACAAAUUCGAAAAGAGAGCGAAUCGAAUCGAAACAGAACAGAACACACAGCAAAUACAACCAUCAACAACGAGAACGAGAACGAAAACGAGUACAAGAACAAGAAGAAGAAGAACAACAGGAGCACAAACCGAAGGAGCAAGAGCAUAUUCGCGCACCACCCCUCCCAUCAUUCAGCAGCAGCAGCAGCAGUAGCAGCAUCAAUUCAUCUCCUAUAUACACGCGAACAGAGUCCUUUCUCUACUACUUUCGUCGGUGUAUCGAUCCGUACACAUCACCACCAUCAUCAUCACCAUCCUCGUCAUCGUCGUCAGCAGGACUUUACUUCUUCUCCGUGUGUCCUGUGUGCUAUAAAAAAACAUCUCUACGGAUAUUCUACGUGAAAAAAAAUUUAAAAAUUUAGCUUAAAGGAUAACUCGAGUUAAGUGAUAAAAAUAAGUAUAUAUUAAGUUUGCAUCCUUUUGCAGAGAAAAAUCAAAACCAAAAAAAGUCCUUCACGACGAGAAGGGUGUUGUAGAAAAAUUAUAUCGAACCGUUGUGAAAUUUCGGGUGUUGACGUCGCCCCCCCUCCCCCUUCUGUGUCUGUGUUUGUGUAUCAAAUUACAAAUAAAAAAAAUAUUGCAUUUUCAAUUUGCGAAUAUAAAAAUCCUUAAAGCUUGAAUUUGAAAAUAAAGGACUCAGAACCAAAACCAAGUGAAUGUGUAAAAAAGUGCAAGAAAACUUUGCAGAAUUCAAAAGGAUACAUGAUACAUCUGCGGUUUUCGAUUCUAGAUAAAUUUUAAAAAUAUAGGUGGGUGUGUUUGACGCAUAGCACCACAGUCGACAAGGUAGUAGCAGUAGCAGUAGUAGCAGCAGCAGCUCUAGCAGCACAGCACAGAACAAGCAGAAGCAGCAUCACCAGCAUCAGCAUCGAAAAGGAGGUUCGGGUCGCAGGCGGGGGCACAAAAAAGUUGCUAUAUUCAAAAAGGACAUCAUCGCACUUCCAGGCAGCUGUGCCUUGGUGAGGCCAUAAAACUUAACGAAACCUCAGAGACUAUCAUCAGCAAAAUAAAUGUUUAAGGAGCAAUUCUCUCAUAUUGGAAAGUGAUCCACAACAAAUGAGUGUCCUCGAAUAAAAUUCAAAAUAAAUCCGAAAUUUUAAUACACACACAUACAUACAUAUAUUUAAUAUAUCUAUAAGUACAACACGGGAGGAGACAUAUAUUCCUUGAGACGACGACGUUUAAUCAAACUAAAGGAAGAACAAAAUAUUUAAUAUUGUAAAAAUUCAAAACACAACUAAAAAACCAUCAUACACCAGAAUAAAAAAAAAAUGAAGUCUUUAAAAGAAGUUAAAUUACAAAGUAAUUUAGGUUAGAAAAAGGACUGUAAACAACAUUUUGAAAAUACAACAAAAGACAAUCUUACAGAGUGUGAACACAUUAUAGGUAUAUACUCGUAUAGUUCUGGCAAGGACAUUUGUUUUUUUCGUUUUUUCGUUCGUUUUUAAUUUGUGGGAAAUAUUGUGCCGACUGUGCGCGGAAUUGAAACAGAAAAAAAAAGAAACACGUUUAUAAAACUAAAAAUUAAUUUUUGAGCAAACUCAAUACUCAAAAAAUCUUCAAAAGAGGAUUAAUUUGAGGAAAAACAAAACUGUAAUCUGUAAUAUUGCAUCUGGAACAUAUCGUUGAAAUACUGUACUAUUGAAAAGGACUAAACACAAGCAAGAUGGGAGCAAAGGAAAGUGUUGAAGCUGCGGCUAAAAUGAACGUCGACGGUUGGGGACAAGUUGAGAGAGGAAGCAGAUAUCACGGACAUCGACAUAAUCAACGUUCGCAGUCCCUAAACAGAGGUCAAGCACUCUCGCAAGCAGACGUGAGCGGAAUGUGGUGACACCGGGGUGCCUCAGGAGGUCAGGC